GAACCGGAAGUCGUCAGUCAGGUAGAGCGACCGCAGCAGCGCCGGUUGCUUCAGUGACACUUGUCGUUACCUCUGAGGAACCGUUAACGUUAGCUCGGCUCGGGCCCUUCUGGGUUGGGUUAGGUCGGUGCGUUACCUUCCUUCCUUUAUCGCUUGUACGUUAGACAUUAUGGCGGCCGCGGAUCCCCGGUCCUCGAGUGACGGUGGGCCGGCCAGCAGAGGAGGAUUCCCGGCGGGGGAGAGCAGCAGCGACCGCGACGGGCCAGGCGGCGGCAGCGGCAGCGGCAGCGGCGGGGAUGGCGAACGGGAGCGGGACCGGGCCACCUUCGAGUGCAACAUUUGUUUGGACACUGCCAGGGACGCUGUCAUCAGUAUGUGCGGCCACUUGUUCUGCUGGCCCUGUCUUCAUCAAUGGUUGGAGACACGGCCCAGCAGGCAGCAGUGUCCUGUAUGUAAAGCAGGCAUCAGCAGAGAGAAAGUCAUCCCACUGUACGGCAGAGGGAGCUCCAGCCAAGAGGACCCCAGGUUGAAAACUCCACCUCGGCCUCAGGGACAGAGAACAGAGCCGGAGAGUAGAGGCGGGAUGUUCCAGGGUUUUGGGGAUACUGGUUUUCACAUGUCUUUUGGCAUCGGUGCUUUCCCCUUUGGCUUCUUCACCACAGUCUUCAACACCAACGACCCUUUUCACAGAGCAGAUCAGUAUGCAGGUGAUCACCAAGGCAACGGUAACCUCAACAACGGCAAUAACAACUGGCAAGACUCCCUCUUUCUGUUCGUGGCCAUCUUCUUCUUCUUCUGGCUGCUGAGCGUGUGAUGGAUGGAGAAGGGGAUGGAUGAAUGAAUGAAUGAAUGAAUGAUGGAUAGACAGACAAGUGGAUCACCGGGAGGGAGGAGCUCAAAAGAAAAAAAAAAAAAACAUCACGUUAAAAAAAAAACCACACACACACACAGAUCGCUCGCACACUUAGCUCGAGCCACAGACACACACUCAUAUUACAUUUCCUAGCAGGUACUAAACUCGGUAGAGAGCGGAGCAUUGUGUUUGAUCCCAAAACAAGAAAGUCGUUUUCUUCCUUCUCCUGGAAAAGGCAGAUUCACUUUAGGAUACAAAGCCCCACCUGCCUGCUUUUUUAUUGUUUAUGCAAGAAACACUCACUGAAAAGUAGUGUCACAGGAAUCCCAAGAUAAGUCAUGUUAGCCCUCCCUCUCUACACACACCUGUAGAUAUAUGCGCACAUGAAAAAUACAGGCAGACACUAAAGUUUAAGGGGUUCAGAGACAGUAUUAUGUGGAUGCAGAGGAGAGGCUGGUGGAGGAUAACUCCUGAGCAGUGACCAACUCUGUUUUGGUUUACAUCCCUCUUAAAGGAUUCAGUAGUUUAUUCCUCAAACAGAGAGAAGGAGGCAUCGCUGUGGAAAGCUUAGGUUAAAACAGGAAGAGGAGGGAGGGGUAUGAGAUGACACAGAAGCUGCUACAGAAGCAAUUUCUUACUCUAAAAGGCCAAAGAGUAGCAGAUCAGUCACAGAUGAUGUUGGAGGGUGGAAAAUGUAAUUGUUUCUGUUUACAGUUUCCUCAUGAGAUGAACAAGUACUCCUAGAAUUUGCAACUUGCUCUUAAAAAAAACAGACUGACAGAUAGAAAUAGCACAGGUGGAUGCAUUUUUAUAUACAUUUGUCUUAACAAAAAAAAAAACUGCCAUUGCACUGUGAAGUAAUUUGUAGGUAGAGCUCAGUGUCCUGGGUGUCCUGAUCGAGGACCAGUGUGGGAGAGUUAAAAAAGAAAAAAAAAAAAAAAGAACAGUCUGACAUGUCAAAUUGUCAUGAGAGAGAAGCUCUGGGUAGUAAAGUAGCGAGAUGAGAUGCUACGCAGUAUGUAAGACAGCGAGAAGAGUAGAGGCAGCGAAUCAAGUCGGGAGAGUCCAUCCAGUUAGUCGCCAGGAGGGGGGAGUGGUCAGCACACGGCUGAGCAGUUCAAUGAACUGUGUCCCAGUGUGGUUAUAAAAUGUAAAACACUUCUCUCUGUCACAGUUGAUUUUUUUUCUUCCUGACUGUAUGUGUCUGUGUGUCUGAGUGAGUGUGUAUACAUUAUAUAUUUGUAUAUAUGAAUAUUGUAAAUGCUGUUUUUACGUGUUUCUGACUGGAUGACCAGCCAUAGAUGGCGAGAGGACGAGAUGAGAGAGUAGGUCUCAAGAUGCUUUUGGUUUUCAUAACUCCUUUUUAUUUAAAAAAAAAAAAAAAAAAGUUUGUCCCUCCCUGUAAUGUGAUUUGAUAUCAUGAGGAUGUGCAUGAUUCAGCUCAUUUGCUCUCUUGUAAGUGACAGUGCACAUCAAAAAGCUCCUGUGUGAAGCAGCAGUAACAUUCAUUCAUCUUAAUAUGUGACAGCUGUGAAGCAUUAACACCAGGAUUCAGCUUCGUCUUUCACUUGGAGAUUAUUGAUGGGGAAAUGUUCUAGUUUUGGUUCAAAAGAGUUCUCCACUGAUUUAGCAUUGCAUUUAUGUAACAUUCACUCACUAUGGAACAGUUACAGGGAAGAGAAGUAUAAAAAUCCAUGUGUUCUCAUUCACUGUUAAGACCUCAUGCCUACAUUAGGGCACCUUGAGGCAGAUUUAUCUGAUUUCCAUUUGGAGCCACAAAAGCCUUCAUACAACUCUUAACACCUGCAUGAACUUGUAAACAGAUGAUGUGUAAAAUCAGUGGAGUUCUCAUUUAACCUGUGUCAAACUGGAUGUCAUGAGUCUUUGCCACGUCUACGUUCACACCAGGGUCAGAGUUGAAACUCGAGGUCCUCUGUGGGAGGGACAGGAUGGCUGCUGGGGGUCGUCAUUUCUUGCAUACUUGUCUGUUCAAGCUACACUUUGUAUUAUGAGGCUUAUGUGACACUAAAAUGAAGUGGUGGAAGUCACGAUUUGCGAGUCUUGACGGACUAAACCUGGAGAGUUUGUGCAAAACCAAAUGUUCUAGGAGAUUAAAACUUGAUUAAAUCAUUGA